AUGGCACGCUCAAAGAACCAGCUCGGCAUCGACAGCUCUCCAGGGAUAACAAGACGAACACGUACAUCCAGUCCAGGGGGCAGUCGCGCGAGAUCGUCAGUUUCACCAGAGUCGGAACGGCCUACAGGCCCUCUGUCUGUUGUUGUGCCGUCUUCAAGUCGAGACGUUGUGAAAGUGAACAACGCCAAUGCCACAGAGCUGAAGAAUGCCUGUGAUGAUGCCGUGAAGCGCUAUCUAUCACGACCAGAGUUGUUCAAGCAAAUCCACCUACACACGGACGUUCGGCUCGCACUUGGCUGGCUAAGUGUAUUCGUGGCCGCAGGAACAGCGUUCUACGGAUACAAGGUCGACUUCGAAAAGUCGAAACCUGUUGUAACAAUCGGACUUGUUGUAUACAUGAUCCUGACCGCCGCCCAAACUCUGUACGCUUAUUUCAUCGAGGGCGCCACCAUCUUUGUCGGGAAGCGAAAGACGUUCUCCAAACGAAUAAUUACGGAGCGCAUUCACCUUGAUUCCAACACAGUAUCCCCAUCCAAGUCCGGCAAAAUUUCAACCACCGUCUCCGCCUCCAACGCCCCCUCAUACCAACUCUCCGUAUCUUACGUCCGUUCCACAAACGGUGGCAAAUCCCUCCUCGCAAAAGGCCGCACAAGGGCCUCACAACCUUACAGCUCGUUCUUCGACGAACAAGGCACCAUGAACCAAGAAGUCUUCGAGCGCUGGGUCGGCGAGCAGGUGGAACAGACGAUGGACGGGAAACUGGCGUGA